AUGGGCUCGGCCGCGAGGGAGACACCAAUGAACCCGGCCAGAGGGCUCGCGCCGGGAGAGGCGGAGAACGACGGCGCCGGGACUGAGAGCCCGAAAGCGCCGAGACGCCGGGGGCCCCCGGGCCGGGAGAGAGACAAAGCCCGCGGCAGCGACGGCAACGGGAGGCGCAGCCCGUGCCGCCGAGGCCGAGACGUCGGGCGGAGGGAGGGCGCAGCCGAGACGCCGGGCGUGGAGUCGCAGGCCGGGCGCGAGACCUCGGGCGGAGACCUCCCGGGCUCCGGGGGGACCGAGCCCAAGGCGGGGGAGCGACCUCGGGCGGAGAGUCGAAGUCCCAAGGAGGGAAGUGCGCGGAGCCGGGGCCCAGGAAGCGAGAAGGGGCGCGACGGCGGCCGCGGCCCGCCCGGCGCCCACCUGGCGGCUUCUGCGAGCAGCAGCGCCCCGCGUCCCGCCCGCGCGGAGCCCCGCACCUCCUGGCCGCGCCGCCGCCGGCGAUGA